ACAAACCUUCGCCGUCCGAUCGAACGACGGACCCACGGAACGAGAUUGACUAUAAAACAAGCGACAUCAUUGGUAAUCAACACAGUCUCACUGAAUCUUCUAGCUACACUUUGCUGCCGACAAAGUCAUCCACUCAACAAUCAUCAUGAAAUCCUUCCUUUGCCUCGCCGUCCUUUUGGCUGCUGCCGUCUCUGCCGAGCCUGGAUACGGUUACGGAUACGGACACCGAAGCCUUGGCUACGGUUAUGGCCAUGGAUACGGACACGGCUACGGCUACGGCUACGGUCGCGUUCACAAGCGUGAGGCCGAGGCUGAUGCCGAAGCUGAGCCCGGCUAUGGCUACCCCGCCUAUGGCUACGGCCACUCCUAUCCCGCUUAUGGUUAUGGUCACUCUUAUGGCUAUGGUGCCCGCUUCCACAAGCGUGAGGCCGAGGCUGAGGCUGAUGCCGUUGCUGUGGCUGAGCCUGAGGCUCGUUAUGGUUAUGGUGGAUAUGUGUCUCACGGUUACGGUUAUGGCCGUGCUUAUGGUUAUGCUUCUCCCGCUUACGGAUACGGAUACGGUCGCGUUCACAAGCGAGAGGCCGAGGCUGAGCCCGCUUACGGAUACCGAAGCUACGGUUAUGGCCGUGCUUAUGGUUAUGCUUCUCCCUCUUACGGAUACGGAUACGGAUACGGUCGUGUUCACAAGCGAGAGGCUGAGGCUGAGCCCGCUUACGGAUACCGAAGCUACGG